CCUAUUCCUCACUCUUUCUCUCUCUCUCACUCAAAGCCAAUUUUCCAUAAUAGGAGGCAUCGCUGUACCAAUCUCUGAGCUUUCCUUUUGCUCUCUCACUGUAUUUACACUAUUCUUACAAAUAUGGUUUCUCUACGUUUCAUGGGAUUGUUCAUGGUUUUCUUAUUAUAGGUCUCUUGAGGACAUGGCAAAGAAGAGGAAAAGUGAAGUUACCGGCCUUGAUGAAGUAGAUAGAAAGAUGCAUACCACUUUUUGCAAUGCUGCUAAUUCUCUCUCUCUGCUAUACACUCACGCCCAGAAUCAGCAAAAGCUUGCCUUUCUAGCUGGAGAGCGCCACGGAAUGGACAAAUUAUGUCAAUGGAUCAUAAGGCAACACAAUGAAGGAGCUAGAGUGACUGAAGCAGAUAUUCUAGCUUAUCUUGAGAAUGAGCUUGAUAUAGGCGAAGAAGAUGCACCUAUGUCUAUUCCAUCCAAUUCUCAAUCGCACCCUCAGUCCUUGAAUCCAAGCACCCCCACAUUCUCUGGGCCAACUGGGCAAUUGCCAUCUGCUCAAACCAAAAGCUCUCUCUUCUCAAAUGCUCUCUCAAGUCCCAUAAGAAGGAGCCUUCAUUCCUUUCAAUUGGCUCACUGCUCAGAUGCCAGUCCAAAUACUGGAGGAAGAAGGACUGGACCUUUUCCUGAACCUGACCAUCAUGGUGGCUUCAAUGGAGCACAUGGGUUACCACAUGACAGUGAGAUUAGCACUGGAGAUCCAAUGGCUGAGGUUUAUCCACACCAACCUCAUGAGAACAGGGAUUGUGAUUCUAAGGAUUCUUUGAUGGAUAUGCAUGAGGAAAGUCCAUUUCGUGAAUACUACUGACAAGUGGAUCAUUUGAAUGGGUUGUGGAGUUUGUGAUGGUGUGUUGGUGGAUCUCAUAAGGGGAAAUUUGGAAAAGAGUUACUACCUAAGCUAUAGGUUUGGUGCAAGAAGCAUGCAGCUAGUGUCAGUUUCCUAGAGAUGAUAAAACUUCCGUGAUAAUUUCAAGGACAAAUCCAUUCUUAUCUUUCUUAAGAAUUUGCGGAUGAAUUGCA